AAGUCAAACAUGAAAUCGCUGCAAGUCGCCGGAACUUUGAUGCUGCUUUUCUGCCUGUUGGCAGCGGUUAAUGCCACACCGGGAAAAGUUUACAUCAAUGGAAAGUGCAUCGACUGCAAUAAGCCGGAUGACGACAAGAAUAUUAUCAUACCCUCGGAGAUGUCGGGUUCUAUGUCUUAUACUCUAACAACUGGAGCGAUGGUUUUUGGAAUUUUAUAUCAUAUAUUUAGUUAAAAAACUAUGUUAUUAAUGUCUAAAUAAAGCAAAGAUUUAUAAAAGCUA